AUCUGGCCCUAGAAUCGUAGUGAAAGCGUGGCGGAAAAUCUUGGCGACGCCUGUCUAAAACCGUAUCACGUCAGCAUGGUGUAACUUUUCCUGCUAACGAAUGCAUCAACGCGAAAGGGGACGCAUUUUAGCGAAUAAUGAAUUCUCCAGGGGAGCUGGAUUGUAAGCAAAAUCGAGAACAUAUUAGUUCCGAAUAUCGGCACCGAUCUCCUAAUCAAUCCAACAAAUCGCGUAAAUCUAUAAUCGACCAAUACAGGGAAUUCUAUCGAAAACCCGGAGUGAUAAUGAAAAAGAAAAAUGGCGUCAACAAACACUCCCUACAACAAACCCUUUUAGCCAUCCACGGGAUACCGUCAUAUCCUUCUAUACGCGCCAACGGUUCGUCCAACCAUAAUCACGUGCCGUCAUCAAAAUCGAAUCCUGGUACUAAUGGCACGACCACGUCUAUGAGCAUGACGCACAGCAAUAGUGCCUCACUUUUGUCUUAUCAUUAUCCCGAUUAUGACUCCGCUAUUAAAUCUAUCAAGGAACAGUGCGGUACCUACUCUAGCAACGCGGCUUCCGUUUUAUCUCCUGCUUCCCUCUCAUCUUGCUCCGCCUAUACCUCCAACUCGUUUUUCGAUAAAUCAGAUCUCAAGGACUUCCUACCGAUCAUAAAUGAUGCGGAAAGUGAUUAUACUCGGAAACAUUCCUCUAGCAACAUUGGGAACAAUCGACAAGAUGAUGCCGAAAUCGUCGAUAAUAGCCAGUACGAUGGCAAAAAGUGUGAGGAAGAGAAUGUUAUUAUGGAGAAAAUUGAGGAAGACAGAACUGUCGGAAAGGAUAGAAUCGAACACUUAUUGAGAACUCUGAGGCGGAGCGAUAAAGGGGGUAAUGUUGACGUGACGGAUUUAUCAAAAAUCUGCAAAACAAUAGUCGAACUUGAAAUGGCUAAAUCUCAAACUAUAUCCCAGCUUCAAAGUAAAUUGGAUAAGUUGUUAUCCAGUUCCGAAAAUUGUCACGAACCCAGCCAAUCCUCUCAUACCUAUUCCAAGAAUCACCAAUCUUGCAAUGAAUCCAACCAGAAACUACAAUGCAAAUACGAGUUGAAUAGCAGCGAACCCUUCAAAAUGGCGGAUAAUAGUGUUUUCAACUACGAAAGAACAUCAUUCGAACCCUUACUGCAGGUUAAUAGUGAUCACGGUGCUUCAUCGGAGGGUAUCUCGGAGUAUAACGAGGAUCGUUCUGUCAAACGGUACAACCAAUCAGAAGGGACACCCAGCAUCAAAAGAAAUCGAGUGAUGGAAAGUCACGAUUUUCCCUUUAAAAGGAAAACGCGCUCGGAGCCGCUCAUUUCAGAUGCCAUAUCGUUUCACGUCAACUUUGAGGGUGAUUAUUCCUUUUCAUCGGCCAAGGACUAUUGCCAUCUUCCAAAAGCCAAAAACGAACAAAUUUCUGGUUCCAACCCCCAAAAUAUCUUUAAAGUGGAAUCGAAAAAUUUGCCCCUGAGAAAUUUUAGUCUGAACCUAUCCCCUCGCGAAUUUUCCGCAUCCUAUGACGACUUAAAAAAUAUGUCUCACCAAUCAUUGCCUAACAUCAAACCGGACCCUCGCCGCUUCAAUGACGCUUUUAACAAUGGAUCCAGUCACCUUAUGCUGAUGAAAGAAUAUUUUGACUACGAUCGCUGGUUAAAAACUGGUCAAGAUCCUGCUGGUAUUCCUUUUAAAAGUAGAUUCGCCGAGGACUCGUUACUCAACGAUUUCAAGAAAUACAAUCAGUGCCCAUUUUGUGGUAAAGUUAUGUGCAGCGAUUCCUCCCUCAAAGUUCAUAUCCGGUCUCAUACCGGGGAAAAGCCUUUCUCGUGCGAAGUUUGCGAGGCCUCCUUUACGACCAAAGGAAAUCUUAAGGCGCAUUCGAUGAGACACCAGGAUGACAAACGCGCGCUAUUUCAUCGAGGCCAUAGAAAAUUUUCGACAAGCACCCAGGAUUGGAAUAAAACGUACUUGAACCAAAUGAUGCAAACGUUGAAGGGCUUUAACAACGCUUAUAAAUCCCCGCCAAUCAAUUAUUCGGGAAAAUCGGAGCCUCUAAUACCUCCCAUUCCUUAUUUUCCUAGUGUCAAGGCCUUCGCUACUCCAUCAAAAUCUCCCCGUUUAGGUUUGGUUAAAGUAGCUACACUCGAUGUUAAUCAGCAUUCAAGCUUAAUAGAUUACAAGGUCAAGUCCAAUCAAGAUCUAAAAAGUCAUGACAUAGAUAUGGAUGUGACAAAACUCCACACUACGUGUAACAUAUGUCGCAAAGUUCUGGCAUGCCAUUCGGCGUUAGAAAUUCAUUACAGAUCUCACACCAAAGAGCGGCCAUUUAAAUGCGAAAUUUGUGACAGACAUUUCUCGACAAAAGGUAAUAUGAGACAACACAUGCUAACCCACAAGUCUCAAUUGAGUCCAAGCAUGCUAAAUUCAUUGGUUGGUAGAAAUAACUCCGCAUCAACAAUUAUUCGUUCUCGCAAGCAAAAUGUCACUCCUUCCUUGUCUGUCAGUUUGGCAAACUUGAACGAGUCAAAAUCCGGAAGUUUAACGCCUCCUCACUUUUCACCUCCAUUAUCGGCGGAAAUUUUAUUAAGGAGAGGUAACAAAUACGAUAAUACUCCUAAGGUAAGCCCGACCAAGCUCGAAGAGAGUUUAGCAGUUCAUCCAACGGCUAUACCAAACACCUUUUCGCAAAAUAUUAAAUCCAUUCCAUUCCCACCAAUGUCUUCUCAACCUUUCGCCUCUUUAAACCCCUUACACCACCCUUACUUUUUUCUACCUCCAUCGAUUGAUGGUCUCUCUGUUCCUCCUUAUUUUUCCCCCUACGAUAGAUACGUGCAAUACAUGUCCACCGCAAUGCUACAGGCCAAGCAAUCAAACAUCGCUUUUUCAGAAAUGGCCCCAUAUUAUUACCCGUCUCCUUACAUGAUGUUCCAUCCUAAUAUGAUUUCUCCCAAAUUUGACCCAAAUACCAUAUCUACCUCUAUUCCUACCCCUUCGAAAGAUUCGACUUCGUUUAGCCCAUCAUCAAAGCCACUAUCCUUGGUGAAAGAUGACGAUACUAGCAUAUCUAAUAUCCCACCGCAAAGGCCGCCUACAGAAAUACCCCCUUUUACGAGUUACUAUCCUUUAACAUUUACGCAACAGUCAGAAGACCAAGACGAUAAAUCCUGUGAUUCAAAAUCCUUGGAUAGCCCUGACACAUGUGCCAAAAGUUAUGACAAGAAUGCCAACGAUAGCUCAAAUAACCUAAAAAGGGAAGCCAAUUCAACACCACAAUGCAAUAUGAACCAAAAUGAAAAUCAAGAUAAUAAAGACUCCCUACUCAAAAAUCAAUGUCCAGUUUGCUUGAAACAUUUUUCAAGCACCAGUGCAAUGCAUAUCCACAUGAGAACUCAUACCGGAGACCGCCCGUUCAGAUGCCCGUUAUGCGAUAGGGCCUUCACCACUAAAGGAAAUUUAAAAGUACACAUGGGCACGCAUUCGCACCCGCACAAUAUCAAUGCCUCUCUAUGAUACUAACGAUAAGCUUAAAAUUAUUU